CUACGUUCCAUUUUUGAAGGAAGCAAGUGGCUACGUUCCAACACCUUGACAUUUACUGAAAAAAACUGAAAAACUUCCGGGGAAAAUGUUUACUUUUCCACCUUAUCCCCCCAAAGACUACGAGCUUAAGGAUGUGCCGAAAAUCCAGCGCAGUUCCCCGCAAUUCACCCCUGGGGGUGAGCCCAGAGUGACGCAAUCCACCCUUGGUCAGUUCUGCUCCCCUAUUGAAUACCAAGAGGGCGAAACUCCGAAGAAAAUCCAGGGGCUAAAGUGCAGUCAGCACAUGCUGGAGAAAUGGACCAAUGAAGCGCGAGCAUUUUGGGUCGACGAGCCUGGCAAGGACGACUAUUUUCUUCAUGAUUUGUUCAGGAAAUUCGACGUAAAGAGAGAUAGUUAUGAUCCAGCCUAUCGGCACAAAGAGAAAGUAUUUAACAGAUCCUACAAGUACGAGCUGGUGUGCUUGGAAGAGCAGCGGCUGCAGAAGUUGCGCGAAAAGUGCCAACGCGAGCAAAGCGCUUUAGAGGAAAGCUUCAGAACCGCUCAGAAGAAAGAACACGCAGAAAGCCACCCUCCAAUGAAAGUGGUAAAGUGCGUCAAGCAGCCGCCCUUUUGGUGGCAGGAUUGUGGAAAUAUGGGCGACCUAAAAGAGAAUGCUGCAAAUUUCAAUCUCCCUCUCAGCUUGGAAGCACCAGCAAAUCGGCAUCCAGGCCGCUGGGCCAAAGAACCCUGCUUAACAGCAGUGGUAGUGGACGACCCUUGCAGGAGAAAACACGAAAUGCAUUCGGUGGGUCAGCCAUUCAGGAACGCAGCUUGCAACUUCUACUACACCAAUUACCCUCCCCCAGACAUCCAGUUUAGGGCGAAAAAGUUCUCCUAAUAAAAAUCUGCUUUCAGCAGGCUCUUUCAAUA